GGCCAGAGAGGGUAUUUAAGUGAAACCCUCAGCCUCUCAUCUUCACAGCUCCCCUGACAACACAGACUCUCUUCUGAACUUCGCAGACCUCAUAGCAGCACGAGCUACAGCUUCUGUCAUCUUCACUUGAAGGAAAAGACAAAUCCAACCAUGUCCAGCACCAUCAAAGUGUUUCUGCUCCUGGCUGUCGUGAUCUGUAUCUCCAUGGCUCAGCGUGAGUACCUUUUUUUAUCGGUCAUGCUUUGGAUUAAAGGGUAAGAAAAUGCAACAAAAAAGAUUCUUAAGCAAUGUUUUCUUUUUUUGUCUCUAGUCAACGAGUCAGGACAACAGUGCCUGUGCCGACGAGUCAGGAGAGGAAUCAGGCCCAAUUCUGAGGUGAAGGACAUCCAGAUCUAUCCAGCAACCCUCUUCUGUAACAAAGUGGAGAUUGUGUAAGAGACACAUGUAUUUUUUUAACAUUUACAAAACAGCAUGCACUCUUUUCUUAUUUUGUGCUGAUACUGUAGUAUCUCCCUCAGUAAGCCAUACCAGCAUCAAACAUUAAAGUCCAUUUUGGAUCAUUUUUAAGUAUUUUAAUAGUUCAUGUCUGAUCUCUGUUGUAAUCAAAAGUAUAAGAAACUCUAACCUGUACUCAUGAGGCAAAUCAAAAACUUCUGGUCAUCUGUCUUCUAGCCAGCAUCAUUCAUGGAUGUAAUUCUCUUACCUGAGCUUUCCUCUACUUUUUCCUCUAACAGUGUCAUCACCGGUAAUGGUUAUCGAUACUGCCUGAACCCUGAGAUGAGUGCUGUGCAGAAACUUCUGGAAAAAGUCAUGUGAGUAUUAUAGACAUGACUUCAAGUUCUCGAUAAUACCCAAAGGGGCUCAUGGCCUCUCUGCUUUGUAGAAAUGUAUCUCAUAUGAGUCCAUGUUUUAUUGCAUCUGCAGGGCAAAACAAAACGUCUCGGCCACCACUCCGUCUGCUUGAUCCUCAGGACUUCUUUAAAGCUUAGAUGACCUCUGACCUCCAAGGAAGGCACCUUCAAAUGAAUCUACCUGUGUGAAAAAAAAAAAUCUUCUCCUUUAUUUAUCUUCUAUUUAUACUGCAGUGUGCUUCAACUUUGUUUCAUUUCUUUCAUUGUUCAAUUUAGUUUUGUACAUUUUAUUAUAUUUUUUGUAAAAUAAAAAUAUAAAAAGGAA